AUGCUUGGUAACAUUUCGGAAAAGAGCGCCGGAUACAAUUUCUAUCUGGAGACCUCUAUUUACUGUAAUGUCAACUAUCAGUGCCUGCGAAUGAUAUAUCUCCUGCACAGUUGGCCGAUUAGUGGAGCCUAUGUAAUGGUGAUAAAUAAGAUCAUGGAAUUGCAUAGAAAUAUGUGCUCAACAUUUGAUAGAUCCAAUUUUACGCUUGAGCAUAAUAUUCUCAUCAUUUCUGUCGUCGAAUUCAGUUUGACUCUGCUUCAGAUAUGGAAUCAAAUGAUGACUAGCUACAUUCUUCUGGUGUUCGUCUAUCAUUUGGUCUUAUUUGAGCUAUUUUAUUGGGCCUACUUUCUCUAUCAGUUGAUUUUGAUUGCCUGGCACCAGGUAUUGCUCAAUUUGCUCAGUUCCUAUGCCGGGAAUCGUAGGCCCAACAAACGUGAUCGCCAUCAGCUAAUGCUCUUUUACGGCUUUUAUUUUCGUAUGUGCGCGAUACACGGCCACAUUACACAACACUGGCUGAAGAUAGCGGGCGGGCUGUUCGCCAGUAUUGCCAUCUUAUCGGCGGAUAUUUCCGAAGAACUGUUUGAUAUUAUCUAUAAACAAAAGAGUCCUUUGGAGAAGUGGAAAUAUUUUGUGGUCUACAAGAUAGGCAAUUGCUUGACACCAAUAGUAAAAAUUUUCCUCUUGGGCCUAUGCAAUAAUCGCAUCGAGAAACUGACCAAACUUCUGGGUCAACAAAUCUAUCUGAUUGAACUGUUGCACUGGAAGAGAUCUCUGGACAAGCUGCCGUCAAUUAAGAGAAAACCUUUUACCAGUCUGCUGGCUUCUAAGUCAGUUAUUCUCGAUGGAGCGGUUGGAGCGGUACCUAUUCGAGUGGAGCGUUAG